AUGGCGUUGCGAUCGGUGCUGCUGCGCUCGGCGGCGGUGCGCGCUCUUGGUGCGCAGACGCGGCGGCCGACCACGUUGACGUAUGGCGCGUCGGCGCUGUUGGAACAGUGCGCGACGUUCCACAGCACGCGCGCCGCUAUGGAGCCCAGCAAGCGCGACUUCUACGACGUGCUUGGGGUCUCACGUGACGCCAGCAAGAAUGAGAUCAAGAAGAAAUACUAUCAGCUAGCUAAGAAGUACCACCCGGACACUAACAAGGCGGAUCCGAACGCAGCCAAGAAGUUCGCGGAGGCCACUGAGGCUUGGGAGAUCCUUGGAGAUGAUGACAAGCGUCAAAAGUACGACGCCUAUGGCCACGCCGGCGUAGAUGAGCAGGCGGGCUUCGGUGGCGCCGAAGGCUUCCAUGGACAGGGCUUUGAGGACAUCUUCGGAGAGUUUUUCGGUGGUCAGGGCUUCGGUGGACGCUCACGCCGCAGCGCCAACCAGCCACAACGCGGCGCUGACAUUCAGGUGGACAUCACACUCAAUUUUAUGGAGGCGGUUAAAGGCACCACGCGCGACUUGAACAUCACGGCCAAUGUCGAGUGUGAUACAUGCGACGGAUCUGGUGCCAAACCGGGCACCUCGAAGAAAACGUGCUCUACGUGCAAUGGAUCCGGUGUGCAGAUCAUGCAGCAAGGAUUCUUCGCAGUGGAGACUCCAUGCCGUCGCUGCCGCGGCGAGGGAUCAAUUAUCGAGUCCCCAUGUGGUAAAUGCCACGGUAAGGGCACGGUCAAGAAGCCGCGUACGGUGGAAGUGAAGAUCCCCGAAGGUGUGGACCAGGGCAUGAACCUCCGUCUUGCACACCAGGGUGAGCCUGGCCAACGCGGUGGACCAGCAGGACACUUGUACGUGGGCAUCCACGUACUGCCAGACCCGUUCUUCAAGCGUCGUAAAACGGAUGUGCUCGUGGACGUGCCUAUCUCGGUUGCACAGGCAGUAUUGGGUGGCACGGUAGUGGUGCCAACGUUGACAGGCGAAGUGGAGAUGAAAAUCCCGCGAGGAACACAACCCGAUACGGUGUUGCAGAUGCGUGGAAAGGGUAUUAAGGAGCUCAACUCAAACCGCCGUGGCUCGCAGCUUGUGAAUCUCCAAGUUUGCGUUCCGAAGAACUUAUCGCAGCGACAGGAAGAAUUGAUGGAGGAGUUCUUGCAGGAGGAGAACGAACGCGCGGAGAAGGGUGAGGACCCGGACAGCAAGCCGCACUCGUUCACCAAGUCGGUGCGGGACACUGUUGAUCGGAUAAAGAGUUUUAUUAAGAGCAAGACGGACGGGUCUUCCUAGACGACCAAGCGUCGACAGCACAAGUGACAAAAGGAUGUACAGUGGCUUCAGCCCUCGAUUUUGACUACUGCAGGGCUUUCCAGAGCGUUGUUUAUGGCCAAAACAGCGAGCCUCUAGACGUAACAUGAUGUGGCCGUUGUAGAGAGCUUGGAGACCAUGGAAAACAGUGAACAAAUUUGACACACACUGAGGUAUACGUGCAAUCUAGACCGCAAGGAAGUGC